CAGCAUCUAGAGGUCCACCAUCACUUGAGUUCGUCUUCCAUUCCUGUUUUUGUUCAGAGACCGGGAAAAUAAAAUAAAAAGAAGAUCGUACAAACUAAAAUACCUCAAAGAAGGUAGAGACAAAAGUAGUAACCUUUGUUGUUGAUUGAUAUUCAUAUCUGGUGGGUUUUAGACAAAGACCACGUCUUUGGUGAUUGGAAUUUUCUCGGAUCUUUGUUUCAAUCCUUUUUUUUUUACUAGCAACCCUUGUUUGUGGUUAAGCUCAAGCAAAUCCAUUCUUCAGGAACCAAAUCAUUGGUUGGGACACUAUUUAAGUCAAAUUGGUUGAGAUUAGAUGUUAACAGGCUCGAAUUUCCGGGGCUAGUGUGCUAAAUUCUGAAUCUUUUAGCUCUACUUCAGUCUAAUGUUCACAAUAGUUACUGUUUCACCUCACGAAGAUCUUUGUGCUAUGAUAUUCCGUUGGUUCUCACUUCAAAUCAUAUAGGUGUGCUUAUAAUUUACUUUGAUUCUCUGGCUUUGACUACUCAAAAGUUCUUCAGGUCACUAUGUUAAGUUUAGUCGUUUGGAUCUUUAUGAAAGAGAUACCUUUUUUAGUCUCUCUAUAUGUCAUCAGGUUAAAAUAUGUUUUGUUUCUCUAUAACUCUAAUUUUUGGUUUCUGUUUACCAUCUUACUUUGACAAUCGGUUUUUGUCUGAUGAUUUAGUAACUGAGAUUUGGAAGAAAAGAAAAAUGGGAGAUACUAGUCCAAGAACAUCAGUCUCAACAGAUGGAGAGACAGAUCAUAAUAACCUAAUGUUCGAUGAAGGGCAUUUGGGUAUUGGUGCUUCUGAUUCUAGUGACCGUUCAAAGAGUAAAAUGGAUCAAAAGACGCUUCGUAGGCUCGCUCAAAACCGUGAGGCUGCAAGGAAAAGCAGAUUGAGGAAGAAAGCAUAUGUUCAGCAGCUAGAGAACAGCCGAUUGAAGUUAACACAACUUGAGCAGGAGCUGCAAAGAGCAAGGCAACAGGGUGUCUUUAUCUCAAGCUCUGGAGACCAAGCCCAUUCUACCACUGGAGAUGGGGCAAUGGCAUUUGAUGCAGAAUACAGACGAUGGCAGGAAGAUAAAAACAGACAGAUGAAGGAGCUGAGUUCUGCUUUAGAUUCUCACGCGACUGAUUCUGAGCUUCGGAUAAUUGUAGAUGGAGUAAUAGCUCACUAUGAGGAGCUUUACAGGAUAAAAGGCAACGCAGCUAAGAAUGAUGUCUUCCAUUUAUUAUCAGGGAUGUGGAAAACACCAGCUGAGAGAUGUUUCUUGUGGCUCGGUGGUUUCCGUUCAUCAGAACUUCUCAAGCUUAUAGCGAAUCAGUUGGAGCCGUUGACAGAACAACAAUCACUAGACAUAAAUAACUUGCAACAGUCUUCUCAACAAGCAGAAGAUGCUUUGUCUCAAGGGAUGGAUAACUUACAGCAAUCACUCGCUGAUACUUUAUCGAGCGGGACUCUCGGUUCGAGUUCAUCAGGGAAUGUAGCUAGCUACAUGGGUCAGAUGGCCAUGGCUAUGGGGAAGUUAGGUACUCUUGAAGGAUUUAUCCGCCAGGCUGAUAACUUAAGGCUACAAACAUAUCAACAAAUGGUAAGAAUAUUAACAACCCGACAAUCGGCGCGUGCUCUCCUAGCAGUACACAAUUAUUCAUUGCGGUUACGCGCUCUUAGCUCUCUAUGGCUUGCCAGACCAAGAGAGUGAACUAACAAUAUACCAGGAUUCUCCUUCAAAGAAGGUCUUUGAGAUUCUUAGCCUAAGAUUUGACGACUUUAGACAUGUAGCUCGUAUACAAGAAUAUGAUUAUACUGUUGUGUGUUGUAAUCUUUGUUUGUAAUGUGACUUGAAAUCAUCAUAGUCCCGUAACAUUUGAAAAGCAUUAUUAGGAUACAAUGCGUUUUGUACAAUAUCAUUACAAAUUUAUAUACACAAUCAUAUGCAGUUUCUAUA